AUGAACUCAGGCCCCAGCUCGUCAACAUCCAAACUGGAAGAGGCUGCAGCCCUGUUAGCGCCAGCCCAGGAAAUCCUCGAAAAGUUCAAUUACAAGCACAAGAACCAGCACCGUCUGUCGAAAUGGUGGGCCGGCUUCGACAUGCUCCGCCGGCACACUGCCAAGUUCUCCCGUGAUGAGAUACGGCCGGCCCUGGAUGCGUUGACCAAGCGCGACUCGAUGCUGCAGAGCAGCAAGAAGAAGCAGAGCAAACGCCAACGGACAGAGCUGCGCGACGAGGACGUCACGGCCGGUGCCGUAGCCAAGGCCAGGUGGAUGGGCGACUACCUCAUCCCCAAGGCAUACACAGCCAUCACCCAGCUGGCUGCAGAUAAUCAGUUCGCUCACCUGGGCCUCCUCCUUCUCGGCGUCCUGGCUCAGGUGCAUAGCGCUGUAACCCUCCUACUCCCAGCAGACAGCACAGAGCAGGAGUUCGAGGUGUCGGCAGCGGCAGAGGAUAAAGAAAUCGACAUGGGCGUCGUGAUACCCAGGCAAGAGCAAGGCAGUCAAGACCGCUCGUCUCCUCGCCUGCAGGCGGGCUUUUCAAACCCCCUAGACGACCUCGGAGAGGCGGUGACGCGGGACAGUUCCGACGAUCGGGGGCAGGAUCUGGCAAGGCCAAAACUCGCCGAUGAUUCUAUGGAGGCUUUAGAAACAACCGUCGUCGAACGCAAACGGCCAUUAAAAAAGGACACAGGUAAACGCAAAAAGGACCAUGCAUUCGCGUCAGGCUUGGGUGGGCCAUCGUUGGCUGGGGAUCUCUUAGCAAAGUCGAGGUUGGCGGACGAAGAGAAGUCGAGGCACAAGACCAAGACGGCACGAAAGGAGAUGGACUUGGAACUAACAGAAAAGCCAAAGAAGAAGAAGAAAAGAAAGAAGGGUGACGAGUUUGAUGACUUGUUCAGCACGUUGAUGUAAACCAGGACAAACAUGACAACAAGACAGAAAGAUAUAUCAAAAUAUCUCAAAAGUGCCAG